UCUACAUCAAUUUAUUCCCUCUAUCUUUCUCUUCAUCUUCAUCAUCAAAGGCAACUCUUUGCCCAAAUAUCCUCCUCCCUCAUUUUCUUGUGGAGAUGGUGUCAAUUUCGCCUACCCCUUUUGGCAACGAUCGCAAAAACCCAAUCAUUUUGGAUAUACGAGUCUAGGUGUUACAUGUAUCAACAAGACGCCAACAAUUCAACUAGAUAAUAACCAUUUGUAUCGUGUCAAAAGUGUCAACAACUCCGAAAACAGUUUUGUUGUAUCAUUUUAUGAGCUAGGUGACACAACUUGUCCCGUGGCUCCACAUGAUGUUGUGAUAAACAGAUCUAGUUUCUUGACUUAUAGCAACAAUGUCAAGCUAGUAAACUUUUUUUAUAAUUGCACGGUUUAUCCUUCUGGUGUUGAGCCAAUAAAGUGUCUUCAAGUCGGGGCUAGGCAUUCUUAUGUGUUCUUGGAUGGAUCGGUUCCAAAGUUCGAUUGGAAAACCAAUUGUGAUUCGUUGGUAACAAUUCCUAUGAGUAUUGAGAGUUCUAUAACAACAGAUUUUGGAAAAGGUAUGAAACAAGGUUUCGAGUUAAAAUGGUCAACAAGCGUCGAAUGUGCAUCUUGCGAGGCUAGUAGCGGAUUAUGUGUAUAUGAUAAUGAACAAAUGUUCUCUUGUUCGUGUGGCAAAGGGGGGCGUUAUGCAAAUUGCCACGAGCGAGGUUUGGUGUCAAGUAAGUUCAAGUGGGGUCUUUUAUCCAUUGGUUUAUUGAUUUGUUGUGUGAUAAUAGGCGUAACAAUAUUGUACAUUGUCAAGAAAAGAAAAGAUGGUAGUUACAAACGAGGAUUCAAUCGGCUACCUACUGGUGGAAAAUAAAUUUGUCAUAAAAGCCAGGAAAUUAUGAAUAAUAAACAUAAAAGUAGGUGUUUAUGGUGUUCAUGUGCACACGUAUUCAAGUUAUAAGUCUCCAUGUUUUAGUUGUUUUUAGUACUACUGGAAAAUUAUCCGGUUUUCUACGCCAAAAAACAUUGAAAAUGCGUAGAAAAUUACGUAUGAUUGAUGAAACAGAUAAAAAUUGUAUGAACCUUCUUUUGGUAUAAACAAAUAUAUAAGAGUGGAUAUCGGUCUUGAGUUGCAUCUCAUAUCCGUCUUUCUUAAAUCGAAAGUCGUUUGAGAAGUCCUCUUA